AAUGUUUGCUACCCUAAAAAGAAAUAAAGAAGAACAUGUCACGUGACCGGAAGUCUCUCAUUCACAUCCAUGCUAACAACACACCGUGGGAAUUACAGCUCUGCUCAGCUGCGAACAUAAACGUUACCGUCAACAUGCGACGUCUGGGCUCCGUGCAGCAGAAGAUACCGUGCGUGUUCCUCACGGAGGUGAAGCAGGAACCGUCCAGGAAACGAGACUGUCAGCAAUUCCAGGUUGUUGCCACAGAGCACGUGAACCCUGUUUCUCUGGAGGCCAACGUUGAUUGUGCGCUCGCCACAGAAAAACUAGACGGCACGUGUUGUUAUGUUACAGUUUAUAAAGGGCGACCUCACCUGUGGGCUCGACUCGACAGGAAACCCACCAAACAGGCAGAGAAGAGGUUCAGGAAGCACCAGCGGUCUCACCGGAGCUGCAAAGGCUUCACGUGGAACGUAGAGGAAGACUUUAAGGCGGUGCCGGAGGCGUGGAUCCCGGCCCACAGAGUCAAACAUCACAGCGGACGUCCGGUGCCUGAUGAACACGGACACAUUCCAGGCUGGGUUCCAGUUGAGAAGCACAACAAACAGUACUGCUGGCACUCCUCCGUCCUGGAUCGUGACGUCGUGGCGGCUCUUGUUCUGAGGCCGAGCGGUGACGAUGAAGACGGGCUUGAAGUCGCCGCCGUCCCGUUGGCCGACCUCCUGGAACAAACGCUGGAGCUCAUUGGAACCAACGUCAACGGAAACCCUUAUGUUGUGUCCUCACAGCACUCGGGAGUAAGAAGCAGCCGGUGCACUGCCUGGUGUCACACGGGAGUGUUCGGAUCAGGAACCCUCCGCCGGUGGACUUCCAGCAGCUGUGCUCCUGGUUCCAGGAGAGCCCGGCGGGCCGGGUGGAGGGCAUCGUGUGGCACUGCAGCGACGGCUCGCUCGUUAAAGUUCAUCGUCAUCACCUGGCGCUCAGGUGGCCGGAUGGAGAAACGUGCCUCGGUGAGCGGCCGGUGGUCGUCCGCGUGGGCGGGGCGUCGGAUGAAUACAGCGGCAGCCAGGACUUGUUCGCAUCCUUCUCCAGACUAAACGGACACCGUUUCAGCCGACUGCCGGACAUCCAGUUCGACUCAUGAACAGUCGGAGACGAUCGAAGCUUCGGAGAUGUUCUGUGCCAAUGAUUCCAGAUUUGCUUCACAGACGCGUGCAGCUGCAGAACUGACCAACUGGACAUUUAUUUAGCAACUUGAGAUGUUCUGUAAACAGUUACAGCUCUUUCAUUGCUAAACAGUAAAUGACGAGUAUGUAAACAUUAAUAUUUAACAGUCUGAUUCGUAUAAAAUCUGCUUUAUUGACAAAUAUGCCAGAACUGUACAAAUGUACAAAGAAAGAAAUCUGCUACAUAGUGCGCAACAUCACCAAACAAACAGCCGCCAUUAGCAAACAAUCAGGAGCGACUUCACUGGAGGAACUUUCAGGAUUUGUCUCAUGAUUGCGAGCACGCUGCCACUAAAUCCAGAUGUUUAAGAUCUUUAGGGCGGGACAUCAAUUUGGACUUUUCCCACACUAGCGCCAAAAUAUGUGAUCAGUGGGGAUGCACAAUGUUAAUGUUGGAAUUAGGAAGAUUAAUGGAAGUUAAGUGUUUGUAGCCUGUACAUGGGAGAUAUGGGCUAAUAUGAAUAAAACGUUUAUAAUAAA